UAAUAUUCUAGAAGAAAAUAACUUCAAAAAACAUGUCCUUUUAGAGAGUGCCAGUUUCAAAGAAUUUAUGUUGUUUUCAAUAUCUACAUUAUGCAUUCAAAAGGCCUAAAAAAAUUUUUGUUCAGCUCGAUAAAAAGAAGAGAAUUACCUGAAGUCCUGGAUGCUGCAUCUAAAGAGGUUGAUUUUUGUAUGAUGGUUGAUGAAAAGUUUCCUAGUCUUGAAGAACAAUUAAAAAUAAAUGCUUCUCCUUCAUUCAGUGGGAUGAAUGACUACGAUUAUCCAGAAUGUGUAAAACAAAAACUUAUAUCUGUUAAAAGAACUCCGCUUCCGGAAGAACUUAUCAGUCAAUUUACUAACAUGCAAUGUAAUUGUGUAAUGGGUAUUUUUCCUGAGAUAAGUCGUGCUUGGCUGGCUAUUGAUAGUGACAUAUACUUUUGGGUAUAUGAAGAUGGGAGUGAUGUAGCUUAUUUCGAUGGAAUCAAAGAAGUAAUUCUUGCAGUUAAUCUUAUUAAUCCAAAAGCAGGGAUGUUUCAGGAACACAUAAAGUAUUUACUAUGCGUUACAACUCCAUUAAAUAUAUACUUGCUGGGUGUGAGUUUUACAGAGAAAACAGGUACCUUUGGUCCUGAUGAUUUUGGCUCUAUUCAACUACAUCCUGAACCCUUGUUUCAAGUUCCGAGUGAUAAUGUCUACAUGACUUCAAUAACUGGAACAAGCAAUGGAAGGAUAUUUUUAGCUGGACGAGAUAGUUGUUUAUAUGAGCUUGUAUACCAGGCAAAAUCUGGUUGGCUGUUCGGACAACGUUGUUAUAAAGUAAAUCAUUCGUCUAGCAAACUAUCUUAUUUUGUUCCUGUAUUUCUAUCAUUUGUUUUUUCCCAGGAUGAUCCUAUUGAGCAACUUGCAAUGGAUAAUACAAGAGGGAUUCUUUAUUGUCGUACAAUGAACGGUAACAUAAAGGCUUAUUAUCUGGGUGCUGAUCUCUCAGAAAUGCGAUUCAUGUGUGGUAUUAGCAGUUCCAAUGCAUCAAAGCAUGCUCAAUACAUUCUUCGAACUGUUGAUUAUCGUAAUUUUGAAAAGAUAGUUCAUAUAGCACCUGUUCCAAAGUCAGAUUCCAGGACAAUUCAUUUAGUUGCUGUAACAUCAACAGGUGUUCGUUUAUAUUUUGCAACUUCUCAAGAUGUUUAUGGAACUCCAAGUAACCUUUGUUUAGUUCAUGUGCGUAUGCCACCAGGCUUCGCACCAUCUCUUUCUCCUGAAAAGCCAUCAAAUGUGCAUGCAGCUUUUUACCGUCAAGGUACUUCAAUACUCAUUGGUGGUGUGUCUGAGGAGGUUGACAGGUUAUGGUGUUUAAGUCAAGAUUUGUUUCCAUUCAAUAUUCCAAUCAGGGAGUCAGAGUCAGUAAUAUCAAUUAAUGGGCGCACUUGGUGUUUGUCCGAAAUUCCUGAUUAUACAAGUUUGUCUUCUGCUCCAUUUCAUCUAUUUAAUGAAAAUUUGCAAGAUCCACCUUCUAUUAUAACACAGCAUGUUCUACCUGCUCGUCGUUUUGUUCUUUUAAGUGCUCAGGGUAGUCAUAUUUUAACCACUUUGCGUCCUCUGGAAAAGCUUCGUUCUCUUUUGUUAAGCGGAAAUAUUGAGACUGAUGCAGUAGCUUCUUUUUUUCAACAGUAUGGAGCAGAUCAAGCUUGUGCAGUUUGUAUCACACUUGUUUGCCAAUGUGCUGAAUCAGAAGCUUAUAUAGGUGAUUUUGCUAUUCAAGCUUUCUUUCGUUAUGGCAGUGGAGCUCAAAAGUUUAAUAAAGUUACAAAUGUAUUACCUGGCAUAUCUAACCCAAUGGAGAGUUAUUUAGUUGGAAGCCCUGUUCAAGGAGGUAGCAGUCAAGGAAGUUUUCUAGCUACACCAAUUCCACAAAGCUAUCACAAUCAACAGCCUACACCAGCUCAGCCAAAUCUUACCUCAACAGUUUUGCCUCCAUCAAAAAAUCUAAAUGCACAAGAAAAUAGAAAAUCAGGAAAGUACAAUGGCUUGGUGAUAUAUUUCUCAAGACUUCUUAGACCUAUAUGGAACUUGUCAAUGGUUUCUGAAGUUUUGGUAGAUGAUAAAAAAAUUCAGUUGCAAAGUCGUCUAACAAGUGCAGAGUUAUCAUGGUUUACAGAACAGCUAUACAAAUUGAGGAAAUUUAUGGAUACAUACUCUGAUGUCACUGCAUCACAAUCUCCUACUUAUAUUCAUCGGUUUUCUCUUGUUUCGGAAGAAUCAAGUGUUCCUCAUGAUGUAUUUUUGGAAGAAAAGCGAGCCUUAAAGACAUUCCAUAAUUUGCUGCUUAUUACAUUGGAAGCAUUAGAGUUAUGGCGAGUGUUAGCUGAUCAUCAGUUUCAUCUUGUUGUUGAAGAUGCACCAAUAGAUAUCAAGGAGAAGUUAAAGCAUAUUCCUUUAAAAGAUUUAUUUUCCUCAACCGGAAGUGAACUCAGCACUUGUUUAAUAAACCUACUAAUGGAAAAAUAUUUGCAUGAUAACUCUGCCAUUGAGAACUUGAGUAAUCGUUUGCGUGAAAUUUGUCCAACAAUUUAUUCAGCUAAUGAUGCCAUGUGUACCAGAGCAAAUGAAACAGUUAUAUCAGCGUCUUUGGUAAAUAACCAGAAAGAAAAAGAAAAAAUACUUCAAGAGGCUUUAAUGAUUUAUUCAAAGGUUCCGGAUUUGGUUAAUUUACAGUGGGUGACUCAGCAGCUAAAAUUAAACAAUUUUUAUGCUGGUAUUGUACAACUAUGCUUAACAACUGCACUAAAUUGUGAUCCAAUGGGUAUUGCUCUACAUUUCUAUAAAACUGGCGAGCCGCUAGAUGAUAUUGAGGGUGUUGAGGCAUUUAAUAUGCAUCAAGAAUCAUACAGAUGCAUCCUUGAGACUUUGGAAGAUCUACUUAACACAGGCAAUUCACAUCCUGCAUCACCACAUCUUCCUACCAGGCCUGGUCCUCCUGUUCCUCCAGAUGGAUUAUCAGCAGAGCAAGCAAGAAAAUUUUACAACCAAAUGUUGAUGGCUGGUUUGAGUUGUGGGGAUGAACUAUUUCAUGUCGCUUUGUAUACUUGGUUGAUCAAGACUAAUCAAACUGAUCGACUUCUAGAAAUAAAAUCUCCUUUCAUAGAGCAAUAUCUAAUUUCUACUGCAGCAGAGCAGCACCCGAAUAAUAAAGACACAUUGGAUUUACUAUGGAAGUUUUAUGAAAAGAAUAACAACUUUUUAGCUGCAUCAAAAGUUCUUCUGAAGCUUGCUGAACGUGAAGGACCUCUGCUGACUAUACAUGAUAGAUUGGAAUGUUUAUCACGUGCAGUAAUGAGCGCCAAGAGUAUUGUGAAUUUUUAUGAAGGAGAAUUUUUAUAUGAACUUGAAGAAAAACUUGAGGUUGCUCGAAUUCAGUUACAACUGUUUGACCAACUUUCGCAAAAGAAAGUUGCUUCAAAAAAAGUUGAAGACACAAUAUUACAGCUUAAUUCUAAACUGUUUGAUAUAUCAGCUCUCUAUGAGUUUGCAGAAGAGUCAUCACUUCCAGUUUGUAAAUUAGCAAUAAUUCAUUGUGCUGGACAUGCUGACAAUAAACUUGUUCAUAAGAUAUGGCAAGAAAUUGUUGAACAAGCAUUUGAAAACACCUACACUCUCUCCUCUCUUGAUAAAAUGGAAGCCAUUUCACAACAACUUGUUCUUGUCGGAAAAUCUUAUGUUAAGCAAGAACAAUAUUUUCCUACUUAUUUCCUUAUUUCUAUGCUGGAAAGAAAAUCCUGUGAAAUGAUUUGGCAGCACCAAUGGGUAUUCAUGACUGCAUUGGAAAUGGGUAUUGACCCAAUGGCAUUAUUUAAUGAAUAUAACAAAAUAUUUAAUGCAAAGGAAAAUACAUGGAGAGCAUUAGGCAAACCAUUGCACAUAUUGCAUGUUUUAUCGUUGCUUUUGAUAUACUUCUUAGAGAAUCCUCCAACUAUCAGUGCUGAUAGAAUUGCAUUCUCAAGAAGUCUCUUUGAAGCCACCACAUCUUAUUUAGUUGAAUUAGAGUCAAUGAGCUUGUCUGAUCCUGAGGUGAAGGUUUUACUACCAAGAUUUAAAGGAAUUCAAGCAAAGUUAAAACGGGCUUUGUGAUUGUGUGAACAGGUCUAUAAUUAUCACUAAUCUUGAGAAACUAAAUCUCAAUGUAGAAAAUAAAUUGGAGUUUCAACUCCGCUUCAACAGCAGAAAUACACAUUUAUCAUUUUUAUAUGAAAAACAGUGAUUCAUACAAAACAAUGUUUUAAUAGAAAAAGUUGUAAUAAACUCUUUGUAGAAAUGAAAUCCAAAUACAAUAGUUCUAUUUUUUCAA